AUGCGUGAGAAUGAAGGUCCCAAAUAUGUUGCUCCACAUGCCUAUGAGGAACCAAUGCCUUUCCCGCAAAGGUUAUCAAAAGCCAUGCUCGAUACGCAUUUUGGGAAAUAUUCUGAGACUCUUAUGAAGGUAUAUGGUACCAUUCCUUUUUCUGAUAUUUUAAUUCAAAUGCCUCAAUUUGCAAAAAUUUUGAAAGAAGUUUUAGAUCAUAACCAUAAUGAUAAGGAAUUAGAACGUAUGGUAGUAAAUGAGCAAUGCUCUAGUCUUUUGCAUGAGAGCCAACCACCUAAGUUGCAUGAUCCUGGUAGUUUUACUAUCCCCUGCAUGAUAAACGAAACACAUUUUGAUAGGGUCUUGUGUGAUUUAGGUGCUAGCAUUAAUUUAAUGCCUUCUUCAUCGUAUGAAAAAUUAGGGUUGAAAAAACUUAAACCCUCCCUCAUAUCUCUUCAAAUGGCUGAUAGGACUGUUAGACUCCCCAAGGGUGUAGGUGAAUAUGUAUUAGUUGAAGUUGGUGAACUUGUUUUUCCUGUUGACUUUGUUGUAGUGGAUAUGAAAGAAGACCAUAAGAUCCCGCUUAUCUUUGGCCGCCCUUUUCUUGCUAUAAGUCAAGCUUUAAUAGAUGUUCCUAAAGGACAAGUGACCAUUAGAGCUCAGGACAAACAAGUCGUGUUUAAGCUUUUUAAUGACCAUAAUUUUACUUUUGAUGGUGGUACUUGUUCGAGAAUUGAUGCUACUAACCCUUUGGUUGAUAAGUGUGUUUCAAAUAGAAAUUUUGUAAGCAAAAAGGACAAUAUUCCACCACAUGAUGGGUUUAGUUACAUGAAGGUAAAUUCGGAUACAAGGCAUAUCAAAUCUAAUCUAAAGGAGUCGUUUGGAGGUAGAUAUAUUAACGAGCAACACCACGAAGUAUCUUUUCCGUGUGGUGACCCAGGGUGA